AUGAUAAAGCUGCCUGCUAGUUACAGAGAUCCUAAAAUCUUCAAUAAUAAAUACAUUAUUAAAUAAUAGAUUUCUUCUGGUUCAUUUGGAAUAGUCUAUUUAGCAUUUGAUAAAAAUACUAAAGAAGAAGUUGCUGUAAAAGUAGAAAAAGAAGACAAUGAAGAUGCAAGUUCUCUUGAAAGAGAAAUCUCUAUUCUCAAUCGUCUAAGUGGAGUACCUGGAACUCCUAAAUUUUAUUGGAGUGGCUUUGAAUAAGAUUAUAAUGUCAUUGUAAUCCAAAUCUUAGGAAAGGAUUUGAGUCAUUAUAUUAAGCAAUACAAGUAAUUUACUCUCAAAACUGUUUUAUAAAUCACUCUCUAGCUCUUAACUACUUUACAGAUGGUUCAUUAAAGAGGUGUUAUCCAUAGAGAUUUCAAACCAGAAAACAUCUUGACUGGAUAUCAUUUAGAUAAUAGUACAAUAUACUUAGUUGACUAUGGAGUAUCUAAAGUUUAUAUUGAUAAGCAAGGCAAACAUAUGUAUUAUUUAUAAUUUCUAUUACAUUAAGUCAAUCAAAAGAGAAAAAGUCAUUUAUAGGUACAACCAGAUAUGCCUCUAUUGCUGCUCAUCGAGGUUAUGAAUUAGGAAGAAAAGACGAUGUUGAAUCCAUGUUUUAUGUGAUGAUUUAUCUCUUAAAAGGGUAGACUCAAGUACUUAUUAUAGCAAAUUACCUUGGUAAAAUUUACAAAAUAUUGGGCAUAGAGACAGAACUCAAUUAGUUGGAGAAGUGAAAAUGAAAACAGAAAUCUCACAACUCUGUAAAGAUAUUCCUUCUGAAUUUUCUGAAAUUCUGAAGUAACUGCCUACUAAAACAUAGUUAUCUCAAAAAAUUAGAAUUUUAAUCAGAGCCCGACUACAAGUAUAUGAAAUCUCUGAUUCUUAAAGCUGCAUCCAAUAACUAAAUUAUUAUGGAUAAACUUUUUGAAUGGUCUGAUCGUUCUACUA